UCAAAGAUACACUUCCGGUUGUGCUGUUAUUGCAAAACAGACUAGACUGCUCAUCGCUGGAAAAGGACAACCACAGGGAAGAGAAAACGACUAGAUAGCACUUGUUCGAGAAAAUGAUGCUGUCAGAAGUCGCGCAGGUCCUCCGUGGGGCUGGUAAAGUGGGCUCUGCACUGGUCACCACCCAAGGAGAGCAGCUGCGGCUAAUGGCCUGCAACUCCUCUGUGGGUGCAGGAGUCAAAGCUGCUCAGGAUGUGGUGGAAGGACUGGUUGCCACUUUUAUGGGCAGCACCAAUCAGCAGUCUAUAAAGGAGGACGUUUUCCCUGAUGCAGAAGGCUGGGAAAAUGUAGACCCUGUUGAAGCGGCCAAGUGGGCUGUGGGAUCUGAAUUCCCCACCGGUGAUAUAGAGCAAAGCCAAACAGGAACUGGACCUGCAACAGGGAUGCACACAGGGACAGCAGGAAGAGGGGUAGGCUGGCCUGGACAGAGUACUCACCUCUUGCACACUGCCUCCAGCCUUCAGCGAUACUACUACCAGACCAGAUCUGUUCACAACACGGUGGUGACCAAACUCACACCUGAGGACAUCAAGAAAGCCAGGGAAGCAAAGCAUGCAUUGGGCAAACCAGUCAGACAGAAGCUGAGUGACCAUGCCAAAGAGAGGAAGGUUCCUGCCACCAGAAUCAGCCGGCUUGUUAAUUUUGGGGGACUGGCAGUAGGAUUGGGAAUCGGUGCCAUUGCAGAAGUAGCUAAACAGUCACUGGGAGGCAAACAAAAAGGAGACAUGAAUGCUGUGCUAGACUCACCCUUACUGUCAGAGGCCAACGCUGAAAGAAUAGUCAAAACUCUGUGUAAGGUUCGUGGAGCUGCCCUCAAGCUAGGCCAAAUGCUCAGUAUACAAGACAACUCCUUCAUCAACCCCCAGCUGCAGAAGAUCUUUGAGAGGGUCCGGCAGAGCGCAGACUUCAUGCCGUCAUGGCAGAUGAACAAAGUUCUGGAGGAGGAGCUGGGUGCAGGCUGGAGGGAGAAGCUGUUGUUGUUCGAGGACAAACCAUUUGCUGCAGCUUCCAUCGGCCAGGUGCAUCAUGGGGUGUUAAAAGACGGUAGAGAGAUUGCUAUGAAGAUUCAGUAUCCUGGAAUAGCUGAGAGCAUCAAGAGUGACAUUGACAACCUGAUGUCAGUGCUGAGAAUGAGUGUGGCGCUGCCCGAAGGUCUGUUUGCAGACAGCAGUUUGGAUGUUCUUCAGAGAGAACUGGCGUGGGAGUGCGACUAUAGGAGGGAAGCAGAGUGUGCCAAGAAGUUCAGGUCUCUGCUGGAGGGAGAUGAGUUUUUCCAAGUUCCAGAGGUGAUCGAUGAGCUGUCAGGUUGCAGGGUGCUGGCCAUGGAACUGGUCCAAGGAGUUCCUCUGGACCAAUGUGUGGAUCUAGAUCAGGAAACAAGGAACCAGAUCUGUUUCAACAUCCUCCAGUUGUGUCUGAGGGAGCUGUUUGAGUUCAGGUUCAUGCAGACGGAUCCAAACUGGGCCAACUUCUUUUACAACGCAGACACAAACAAGGUCGUGCUGUUAGACUUUGGAGCAUGCAGAGACUACCCAGAAAAAUUCACAGACGACUACAUUCAGGUGGUCUACGCAGCCUCUGUUGGUGAUCGUGAGACUGUUCUCGCCAAAUCGAAGGACCUGAAGUUCCUGACAGGCUUCGAGACCAAGGCCUUCAACGAUGCCCAUGUGGAGGCUGUGAUGAUCCUCGGCGAAGCCUUCGCAUCCACCCAGCCCUUUGACUUCGGCACCCAGAACACCACCCACCGCAUCCAAAACCUGGUCCCCGUCAUGCUGCGGCACCGCCUCACGCCUCCCCCCGAGGAGACAUACUCCCUCCACCGUAAGAUGGCUGGAUCCUUCCUCAUCUGCUCCAAACUGAAGGCAUGCAUACCCUGCAGGGACAUGUUCCUGGACGUGUACAACGCCUACCACCAGAGGAGGCAGGCGGUGCGGGCUAGCGCAUAGAUGCCGGAUGACGAGCCCUCUGCCGAGAUUAGCCUGGAACAUUUUCAGAGUUGGAUUUAUGCAACAAAAAGAGAAAAGUCUGAAAUGAACGUGUGAAGACACUGGAUGUCAUGUCAGCGUGUUACAGACUGCAGAUGCGCUUUAAUGAGGGGUCUUCAUGUUCUUCUCUUCACUGACAAUGUGAAGAGAACAUACAGUCACUGACAGUGUGGCUGAACUCAUGUAUAGACAAAAUAUCAUAAAACUAUAACUAUUUAAAAUGUAAUUAUUGUGGCAAUGAAAGGAGUACUUUAUACUGAAGCCAGAAAGGCCAUUACUGAUUCCAUUUACUGGUAUGAUUUAGUUUUAUUACAGCAAACACACAAUACAUGGCUUCAGUUUGAAAAGGCAGGAUAUAGCUUGUCUUUGUCUUUGCUAAAAAUGAAUUCAUUCCAACUUUAGCUCACUUUGACAGCAAGGUCCACCAUAUUUUCCUAAAGAUUGAAUAUCUCCUGUCUCCAGUGUGGAUGAUAAACCCUGCACAGAAAGGCUGAUGCUGCCAAGUGCUCAUCUUAGUUCCAGGAAGUUGCUGGUGAAUAAAACUUUCACCUACUUGUGAUGGCUGCCAGACUAGAUGAGCAGAUUAUCAGAGGAAUUACAGUUUAAUGGAAGCGCACAGAAAAUGGCCUUGCAUUAUGAAUCCACUUCAUAAUGUGGACUUGACCUAAAACUCCACUGGUCUUAUUUAAACACCGCUUUGAUAAAGUCAUGUGUGCUGUUUCUGAUGUAACAGAGUGUUGUGCAUGUUUUGUUUUUUUGUUUUUGUAAUAAAACUUGAGAAAGCUU